CGCCUGUCGCCUCCAUGCGUCGGGCCGGGCUUUACCUGCAGACCGCGGCGGCCAUGGCCACUCGCCGGAUCUUGGCGGUCCUCAGCGGCCGAGGGGCAGUCGCCGUGGUGGGCGGGCUCGGGCCCAGGCUCCGGGAAAGCCGCCGACUCCACAGCAGCCCGCGGAGCCUCACCUUCGCCAAAGGGUUGUUUCUGGGGAACAUCGACAAGAAGGAUGUUUUCCCAUAUCCGGAAGUUAGCCAAGAGGAAUUGAAUGAAAUCAAACAAUUUUUGGGGCCAGUAGAAAAAUUCUUCAGUGAAGAAGUGAACUCUACUAAAAUCGACCGGGAUGCUAAAAUUCCUGAAGAAACUCUAGGCAAACUCAAGGCUCUAGGACUUUUUGGCAUGCAGAUUCCCGAAGAAUAUGGUGGUCUUGGUCUGUCGAAUACAAUGUAUGCACGCUUAGGAGAAAUAAUUUCACUGGAUGCAUCAAUCGCAGUAACCUUGGCAGCACAUCAAGCUAUUGGGCUUAAGGGCAUCCUUAUUGCAGGCAGUGAUGAACAGAAAGCCAAAUACUUGCCCAAAUUAGCAUCUGGGGAAUACAUUGCAGCUUUUUGCCUGACAGAACCAGGAAGUGGAAGUGAUGCAGCAUCCAUUCAGACGAAGGCAGAGUUGAGUGAAGAUGGAAAAUACUUCAUUUUAAACGGCUCAAAGAUCUGGAUCUCAAAUGGCGGACUGGCCAAUAUCUUCACUGUGUUUGCAAAGACUGAGGUUAUUGAUCACAAUGGUUUAGCUAAAGACAAAAUUACUGCAUUCAUUGUGGAAAGAGAUUUUGGAGGAGUCACUAAUGGGAAGCCAGAGGAUAAACUAGGCAUUCGAGGAUCUAACACUUGUGAAGUUUAUUUUGAAAACACCAAAGUGCCCUUAGAAAAUGUAAUUGGAGAAGUAGGAGAUGGAUUUAAGGUGGCUAUGAAUAUCCUGAAUAGCGGAAGAUUCAGCAUGGGAAGUGCAGCUGCUGGCAUGUUAAAGAAACUGAUUGAAAUGACAGCAGAGUAUGCCUGCACACGGAAACAGUUCAAUAAGAAUAUAAGCGAGUUUGGAUUAAUUAAGGAGAAAUUUGCUUUGAUGGCUCAGAAAGCUUAUGUCAUGGAAAGCAUGGCCUACCUAACCGCUGGAAUGCUUGACAGACCAGGCUUCCCGGAUUGUUCUGUUGAGGCUGCAAUGGUCAAGGUAUUCAGUUCUGAAGGUGCCUGGAUUUGUGUGAGUGAGGCACUACAAAUUAUUGGAGGUCUGGGUUAUAUGAAAGACUACCCCUACGAGCGAUUUCUUCGGGACUCCAGAAUUCUUAUGAUUUUUGAGGGAACAAAUGAAAUUCUCCGCAUGUAUAUUGCUUUGACUGGACUGCAACAUGCAGGAAAAAUUUUAACAAGAAGACUAAACGAAAUGAAGCAGGGAAAUGUGACUGUUGCACUCGAGGAGAUAGGGAGAAAACUGCGCGACAGUUUGGGCCGGACUGUAGAUUUGGGCCUGACUGGGAAAAAUGGAGUAGUGCAUCCCACCUUAUGGGAGGGUGCCAACAAACUUGAAGAAAAUGUUUACUAUUUUGGUAGAACAGUUGAAGCACUGCUGGCGAGGUUUGGCAAGACUAUAAUUGAAGAGCAGAUGAUUAUGAAGAGAUUGGCCGAUGUCAUCAUUAACCUGUAUGCAAUGACAGCAGUCCUGUCCCGGGCUAGUCGCUCAAUCCGGAUCGGCCUGCGCAACCAUGACCAUGAGAUUCUGAUCACCAACAUUUUCUGCACAGAGGCAUAUUUCCAGAAUCUUUAUCUGCUGGCUCAAUUGGGCAAAUCAUCUCCUGAAAAUCUAGAUGAACAAAUUAAAAAAGUUGCAGAAGAGGUACUGGAAAAAAGAGCCUUUAUUUGUUCGCAUCCCCUAGAAAGGACGUGCUGAAGAGGUGGAAAAAAAUAGCAACUUGAUAAAAUGGGAUUGUCUACUGCUAAGUAAAUAAGCCCACAGCUUUCAACGGGCCUGAAUGUGAAAGUGUUUUAUCACAAGACAAAGAAAUGUAACAAUCAAAAGAUGUUUUUUCUUAAAUUAUUUAAUUAAACUUUUACAUUGCC